UGCCAAUCGAAUCUAUAGAGGAAGCCCCUCCGACCAAACGAACCUAACCAAAACCCACUUGCUUCGAGCUGAAUAGCUCUCACGUCCGGCCAACCUUUCAUCAUAUCCCCGGCGAGCGGGUAUGUCGAACUCUAAAGACUAUACCGUCGGCUGGAUAUGUGCCAUAAGCACGGAGUACGUUGCUGCGCAAGCUUUCCUCGACGAAAUCCACGAUGGACCCGAAUAUGUGUCCCCGAAUGACAACAACGAUUAUACACUUGGCAAAGUUGGGAGACACAACGUCGUUAUUGCCGUCUUACCUGACGGGGAGUACGGCACAACUUCUGCGGCGAUGGUGGCAAGAGACAUGCUGCACAGCUUCCCGAAUAUUAAGAUCGGUCUGAUGGUUGGCAUCGGCGGCGGUGCGCCAAGCCCGACGCACAACAUCCAUCUUGGCGACAUUGUGGUGAGCGCCCCGCGUGAUGGGAAGGGUGGCGUAUUCCAGUAUGACUUCGGCAAGACGAUACAAGAUCAGAGAUUUCAAACCACGGGGUUCUUGAAUCAGCCACCAGCGAUCUUGCGAACUGCAAUGAACGGACUCAAGGCACGGUACGAGUUAAAAGGGCAUCAGCUCGAAACGGCUAUUAGCCAUGCUAUUCAAGAGAACCCAAGGCUACAUAAGAAGUACAAGCGGCCAGAUCCGAGCAACGAAAGGCUCUAUCGAUCAGAAAUCACCCACCCGGCGAACGAUGCAACAAGCUGUGAGAUAGUCUGUGGCAAUGAUCCAUCAAAGUUAGUUCUGCGACCUAAACGAAGCGAAGAUGAGGAUAACCUAGAAGUUCAUUACGGCCUGAUUGCGUCUGCAAACCAGUUAAUGAAAGAUGCUACGGUUCGAGAUCGACUUGCAGCGGAAAUGGACGUUCUGUGUUUUGAGAUGGAAGCGGCAGGGCUGAUGAGCCACUUCCCGUGCCUGGUUAUCCGGGGCAUAUGCGACUACUCAGACUCGCAUAAGAACAAAGAAUGGCAAGGCUAUGCAGCGAUGGCUGCGGCGGCAUAUGCGAAAGAUCUUCUCUGUCGCAUUCCUCCUAAUAAAAUCGAAGCUGAGAAGGAGAUUGGAGAAACUCUUCGGCAUAUUCUUCACAAUACGUCUAGGACUGAAGCACAUCUUGAAACGAUGAGAUAUAAGUUAAAUAAUAAUAAAGAUAUAAAGAUCCUUAAUUGGCUUACCCCGAUUAAUUACGGCCCCCAGCAGAGCGACUACCUAAAGAGGCGACAACCAGGAACUGGCCAAUGGCUCUUAGAUUCAGCAGAGUACCAAGCAUGGCUAAAGACCAAAAAGCAGACGCUGUUCUGUCCAGGCAUUCCAGGAGCAGGAAAGACAAUCCUCACAGCUAUCGUUGUUAAUGACCUCGAUACACGGGCUUCUAGCGACCCAGCCAUUGGCGUGGCGUAUAUCUACUGCAACUUCCAGCAGCAAGGCACGCAGAAGAUCGAAGACUUAAUGGCGAGUCUGCUAAUACAAUUAGCUCAGGGCCAGUCUUCUCUGCCAGGGAGCGUAAAAGAUCUUUAUGAUCAGCAUAGGACAAAGCGAACACGGCCAUUACUCGACGAGAUCUUGGGAGUUCUCCAAUCUGUAGCAAAAAUGUAUUCGAGAGCCUUUAUUAUCGUCGACGCACUUGAUAAAUGCCAAGUAUCUGAUGAUAGCCGGGCGAGAUUUCUGUCAGAGCUUUUCAGCCUUCAGACACGGCACGAAGUGAACAUUUUUGCAACUUCGAGGCCCAUUCCACAGAUUAUUGAUCAGUUCAAUGGUAGCGUGCAAUUAGAGAUCCGUGCCCAUGAUGAAGAUGUGCGAAAAUAUCUGGAUGGCCGUAUAUCACAAUCGGAAUCGAAGCUUUUAAAGACCUACUGUGAAAAAAUCAAAACUGAGAUCACAAAAGCAGUUUCUCCUAGCACACCUCUAUUUCGACUCUAUAAGAACGAAGAAAACACCCAAUAAAGUCGAAAAGGCUUUGGAAGGCCUUCCAACAGGUUCCCAAGCAUAUAAUCACGCGUACAAGGACGCUAUGGAGCGAAUCAAAGCGCAAGAUACAGAUUCUCGGGAGCUUGCAGAGCGUAUUCUGUCGUGGAUCAUCUGUACUAAAAGGCACCUUACUACAUUGGAGCUUCAGCACGCCCUUGCAGUAGAGGUUGGCAAGCCCGAAUUUGACGAGGGAAACCUCACACAGAUUGAAGACAUGGUCUCUGUGUGUGCCGGAUUGGUCACGGUCGAUGAAGAGACUGAUAUCAUCAGACUGGUCCAUUAUACAACACAGGAAUACUUCAAGCAGACACAAGACCAA